AUGCAGUACAGUCUAGUAUUUUGUGCUCUCGUUAGCUUAUUUUUAACAGAGUUCAGUGUGGCGGUUGUUUUCAAGAUGACAAACGUCGUGUGUGAGAGCUAUAAUGAAACGUGGUUCAUAUUCCAAACCUGUCGCCUAAAGGCCGUGGGUCGUGACAAGGUUGUUUUUAAUAUGAGAGGAACGAUUCUGCAACCAGCAUCGCAUAUACAAACUCAUAUUAAGAUCUUCAAACGAGAAAAUGGUUAUAAACCCUGGCUCAUUGACAUAAAGCUCGAUACAUGCCGUCAUAUGCGAACCAGCUAUGAUCCUGUAGCUAAAAUAAUCUUUGGCCUCUUUCAACAAUUUAGCAAUAUUAACCAUACUUGUCCCUAUGUGGGACCACAGAUUCUGCAAGGAUUUUACUUGAAGCCCGAACUUCUGGGUCUUCCGUUUCCAGGUGGCCAAUAUCUGUUGGCCUUAAGGUGGUAUUUCGAUAAAAAAUUGCAGUUUGACACCAACGUAACCUUUUUAUUUGUUGAGGAUUUUAUUGUUCCCAAAUGAAUACUACAAAAUAUUACAUUAUUUUUAAAGGUAUUUAUUCGAAUUGUAUCUGUGUAUAAAAUGUAAUAUUUAACGGCUAUUAUAAACACAUUUCCAAUAAAGUAAUUAUUGUUCAAUCACGCGUUACCUUUAAAUGAACUAAAUAUUUUGGAUUCACUGUACCAUGGAAUGAAUAACAAAAUAAGAGAAAAAUUGCAUAAUUAUACAUUUGAUUUUCUAUUCCGAUUAGUGGCUAGUAGAUUCACUUUCUUUAACUUAUUCAAAGCCCACAUUUCCCCCCUUGCCCCCUUGCACAUGGCAAAAAAAGUUCUUGGCCCAAAACAUCAACAGAGAGCUUAGCUUGUUGCUGGCUGCACAUUGGCCUCUGUAUGUUUUCCCUCUCUAUGCGCACUUUUCCCGCUUUUGCCAUUUUCCUGGGGCUUUCGUUUCCCCUGCUUUUGGUUUUAUUUUUUCCUUGGCCGUUUUUGUAAUUCUUUUUUAGCAACAAGUUGCUUACAUUUCGUAAGCCCGCCAGGCCACCUGUGACAGGGACUAUAACCCAUUUUUUUGGGUUUGGGGUGGAGGGAACGCGGGCAAAGUGGGUGGAAUAGUGAGUCAGUGGCUUGCCAUUCGGCAACUGGCGAAAACUGUCAAUGUAGUCGUCGUCGACGCCUUUGCCCUGCAGAUAUGCUGGCAUAUUUAUUUAUGUCCUCUGCCAGUUCGCUGUUCUCGACUUGAUUUCAUUUCAUCUCAGCCAGCUUUUUUUUUUCUUUUUAUUUUCACUUGUUUUUGUUUUUUUGUUUUUUUUUUGGGUCUUUUAAUAACAAAGCCAUGGCUGUUGUUUUCUCGUCUUCGUUGUAUUUUUGUCGUAUAUUUUGACUGAAUUUAGGCUUUGGCAGAUGUUUUUCUUCAAGGGUUUCACAUUCAUUCCCCAUAAACGCCAGAAUCAACUCUCUCCAUCUCAGCCAAAGACAUACCUUUAAUCUUAAAGAUUAGACAAUAAAGAAAGGCGUUUUUUUUAGCACCUCUUUCUUAGCUUAGACAACUCAUUUGCCAUUUUCACUCCAAAAGUUCAUUCACUUUUUAGGCCUAUCAUUUGCGGGUGUGUGAACUUUGUUCUUUGUUUUGAUUUUAUUCUAAGGGCAAAAGUUUUGUCUAGCAUUUAAAUUUCGAAUGCCUUUAAUGCUUUUUAUUUUUUUUGUUUUCCUUUCACAUAUACAACAUAUACAUAAAUAUCUUUCUGAAUGCCAUAUGCCAUUUGAUUGUGUAUGUUUUAAGCUUUUUAUAUAAUUGAAAUCCAGACACGUGCCACUCAAUGCGUAUGCUGGCAAUAAAUUCAGUUUCACUUGUAAUCUAUACGCACAUAAACAGAUCGUUAUAUAUAUUCUAUAUAUAUAUUUCUGUAUGUUGAUUCCAGUCCAUAUGUAAAUUCACUUGGCCAUUGGGGUUCUUCCUUUGGGGCCAAAAGGGAAAGGACAAUGUCCUCACAGUGUGUAGGCGCCUCCUGGCAUAUGCUACAAUCAUAAUUACAUCGUCCUGAG